ACACUGCGGUCGCGUGUUUAGCGCAUCGGCUAGCAAGCUAUACGAGACCGAGCAGUGCGAGCUUCAGUGUCGUUUUCUGUCAGAGCCCACUAUGUUCAGAGCAGCCCUUCGACUUUCAGUCUCCGGUGCUCGGGGUUUAGCGAGGUCACGACCACAGCAUACAGCCUCAGUAGCUGCUCGCUCUUAUUCCCAUGGCAAACAGGAGACGGAUGAAGAGUUUGAUGCCCGCUGGGUCACUUACUUCAAUAAGCCAGACAUCGAUGCUUGGGAGCUGAGGAAAGGAAUGAACACUUUGAUCGGUUAUGACCUGGUACCUGAGCCAAAGAUCCUGGAUGCAGCUUUGAGAGCCUGUCGGAGGUUAAACGAUUUGGCCAGUGCCAUCCGCAUCCUUGAGGCAGUCAAGGACAAAGCUGGUCCACAUAAAGAGAUCUACCCCUAUGUUAUACAAGAGCUUCGACCUACCCUCAGCGAGCUUGGUAUCUCUACACCCGAAGAACUUGGCAUUGACAAAGUAUAGACGUCUGCUUUUUUGGGUCUUCCAAGGGACUGCUGCUCUUGUCUGGACUAAGUAGACCACUGUACUUGAAGCCUUGUAUCAUGGUGUUUGUGUUGUAUUUAAUUGGCCUUUAUUAUGUUCUUUUGCUUGUAAAAUAUUGAUGGACCUAAUAAAGGGAAAUAUUAUCUUUA